AUGCCGCACGCAACCGCAAACGGCAACAUGGAGGACGGCGAUGAUGAGGGUGCCAUCAACGGCAUCCUGAGUGACCUUGAAGGAGGCGGCAACAACUUCAACGGCGGCGACUUCGGCGCGGGCUAUGUUCACGUUGGCGAGUUUGAUCAAACGGACAAGGCAGACGACGCGCAAGAUUACGAAGACAUCAGUGAUGAUGAUCUGCCAGAGGAAGAAGAGGCGAUGAACCCCUUUACUCCCGAGGAAGACGCCGACGACGAUGCCGCGCUGCAGACCAUCCAGAACGCCUUCAACCCAGACCCUCUUGCGCAAUCGCGCCUUGCCCCAGCUGCCAACGGCUAUCAUUCAGAGACCCACGACGACCUCGCAGAGCAGGACGUCACGGAAGAGCACGCGGGUGAUUUGUUCGGCGAAGGAGACGAUAACUUCGAUCUUUUUGGCGACCGCAACUCUUCACCAGAGCAAGCUCGCGCCGUCCCCGUCAGCCAUGCGCCUGCGCCCCAGCCUCACCCAUCCAGGCCUAUUGGCCUCGCUCUGCCGAGCAAGAGCAAAUCCUCGCUCGCUCUCCCGACUCUGGCCACCAACUUUGCCCCUCCACAGUACCCGCCGAGGAGCCAAAGCUCUGACUCACUGAGUGUCACGUCCCCUAUUGAGGAGGGUCCUGCCUCGCCGGCUAGCAGCUACGAUACGGACGUCACUGAUGAAGACGGCAUGACUGAGCAAGAGUUGAUGCAGAGGAAACUGUUCAAGCAAUCCAGAAAGCGACAGGCUGGUGAAGAGGUGGACGACGAUCUCGACGGCUUCGACCUGGACAACUUCUACUCUCUUUUCCCCCGAUUCGAAACGAAUCAAGCCCCCGUUUUCGAGGAUUUGUUCCCUGCUCGGCGGGUCAGCUUCAAGCCAAAGCCCCCUCUCAAGGCUCCUCGACCUGUCCACGCGACCAAGAUUGCUCUCGAGUUACUCCCUGACCAGGAGAAGUCUUUCAGGGCGCCUUCGUUGGCAAACAAAGGUGUUGAAGCACCCGCGCCCAAAGAUGGCCUCGUCUACCUCAACAACGGUGCUCAAGACCAAGACAUGAGUGAUGAUGAUGAUCUUGCCUUGAGCGUCAUCGACGAGAACGAGCGAAUCGGCGGUGUGACGAUGCAAGACCUGGCUGUCAUCUGUGCGGACUGGGAUAUUCCAAGCAUCUCGAGUGAUGCCGGCUCGCCCGAACCGGCCGCGAGAUUGGGCACCGGAGAUUACGACACGGAGGAAAGCGCCCGGCCACGCAAGAAAGCGAGAAUGAGCAUACUAGGCGAGAACCUGUCCUUCACGAUCCCGGAUCCGCACCUCUCCUUCGAAGAUCCUGAGCGUGCUACGGCGAAGAUUGCCAAAUCGGUCACGCUGGAUCUCAACGAUCCUCACCUUCUUAUCGAUGAGCUUUCCCCCGAGACCAGACGCCGGACACAUCACCUGAAUGCGCGCAGACAACGCAAGGCCGACAUGGCCAAGGAGAUGGCGAAGCGUUACAACAUUAGCAAUGACAAGGAGUACGACAAGCUCAAGGAGAACCAUCAACACAAGGUCCGGGCCACCCUCGGCAGUAUGACAGUCGAGCACAGCCUUCCCGCCACCAAGCUGCAGUAUCCCUUCUACAAGGUCAACCUCGACAGUAAGCAGAAGCGAUCUUUCCACCGCCCCCACCUGGAUCUCCGAGGCACAAAAAUGAACUUCAGAUUCGAGCCGCUCGCGCAUAUCAAGCGCAAGCAUAUCCGCGGUCGCGAGGUGAAAGACUUGUUUGCAAAGUCAAACGAUCUCUAUCUCGGUGACAGCGCGAACGUCAUGAUGCUGGAAUACUCGGAGGAGGCACCCAUGAUGCUCUCGAACUUUGGCAUGGGCAACCGGCUGAUCAACUACUACCGGAAGAACGAUGUCGACGAUCAAUCCCGCCCGAAGCGAGAUAUCGGGGAGACUCACGUCCUCUUACCGCAAGACAAAAGCCCAUUUGCGAACUUUGGCCACGUUGAUAAGGGCGAGGUGGUACCAACGGUUCAGAAUGGGAUGUUUCGCGCUCCGGUCUUCACUCACAAGCCCAAGUCCACCGACUUCCUGGUUGGCGUCAGCAGUACCUGGCGCGGCGGUAGCAAAUUCUACUUGCGCAACGUCGACAAUCUGCACGCCGUCGGCCAGCAGUUUCCCAUCUCCGAAGUCCCCGGUCAACACUCACGCAAAGUCACGGAUGCUGCGAAGAAGCGUCUGCGUGCGUUGUCAUAUCGCAUUUACACCAAGAGUCAGGAAUCGGCGCAACCAGUCAAAGUGCUGAACAAUGAAACCAUCAUGCCGCACUUGCCGGGCCACGACAUGCCGCAGACUCGUAGCAAGAUGAGAGAGUUCAUGAAGUACGAGCGAGCGCCUGGUAAAGAGAGUGGUGGUGUGUGGGUCCCCCAGCCUGGUCAGGUGGUCCCUGACAAAGACACACUGCGCAGCUGGAUCCGGCCGGAGGACGUAUGUUUGCUGGACUCGAUGCAAGUCGGCGUUCAACAUCUCGGCGACCUCGGCAUCAAGGACGAGAAGGGUGGCGCUGAUGAUGAGAAAGACAUUGACGAAAGUGCAAACAUUGAACUGCAGCUGGCGCCCUGGAGGACGACCAAGAACUUCCUCAAUGCUUGCCAAGGUAAAGCAAUGCUGGCUCUCUACGGCGAAGGUGACCCGACUGGACGUGGUGAAGGGUUCAGCUUCGUCAAGACAUCCAUGAAGGGUGGUUUCCAAGCACUCGGGCAGAGCGCUGAUGACAAAGUACAAGCGAAGAAGCGCCGUGACAACGGUGGCCAUCUCUACAACGUCGCCGCUCAGCAGAAGCUGUACGACGACAGCAUUCGCGACAUCUGGAACAAGCAAAAGGAGAGCUUGGGUACCGACCAAGAGCCCUCGGACUUCGACAUGAACGACGACGCCGACGACGCUCAAGGCAACGAUUUGUACAGCGCCGCUACGCCCAGGUCAGCCUUCGCUACGCCAGCUCCCGGCCCAUCCUACGACGAUGAUUCCGCCAGCCAGUUUAGUAGAGGCGGCAGUGUCGCUCGAAACGACCAGAUCUUAUACAUUGUGCGCAAGACCAAGGACAAGUUCGGCAAGCCGAUUGAAUCUCGCGUCGAAGUGAAGAACCCCCGCAUUGCCUCGAUGUAUAAGAAGAAGCACUACGAGAAGCAGCUUAACAAGCUCAGCAUCCUCGACGCCGCCCCCACCGGCGACUCGGAAUUCGACUUUCUCCUACGCCAAAAGAUGGAGAAGGAACUCGCACGCGUUGAGCGCAACGUCGACCGCCGCGAAGCCCGCGAGAAAGCCAAAGGCAGAGUCCCCGGUGGCGCCGGCUCCCCAUCCGCUGGCGGUGCCGCCUCACCCAGUCAACUCUCCGACGCUGGCGCCGGCUCUCCACCCGCCGAUGGCACGCCUCAGAAGAGCGGCGGCACCGGGCGCGGCAAGAGCAAGGACGGCACGGCGCGCAAGUGCGCCAACUGUGGCCAGGUCGGGCACAUCAAGACCAACCGCAAGUCAGUAUCCCCUUCCUUCGAGUGUAUUUUCUGCCGCUGCGCGAUGUUUGUGCCGCUGCCGGCGGAUCUCAACAACGACGGCAGCAGCAAGGGGAAGAAGAAUGGCCUUGUGCAUGCUGGCGGACUCAGUGCUGGUUAUGUUCAUGGGUUUGAUGAGGCUGAGGAGAGCGCGGCGAUGAGCAGUUAUUCGCGGUUUACGCUGUGA